GAUGUCGAUGGAAGAAUGGGUGAAAGGAAGGGAAGGUGGAAGAGAGGUGUGGAGGGAGGAGGAAGUGUUGAUGAAGGGGUGAGAGGGGCAGAGGGCAGGCCUGCUUGGACGGGAAGGGGGGCGGUAUAGAGGUAUAGCCGCCGAGCACCUUCCUCGUAGUGAAUCUGUUACGAUUUUGUGGUAAAAAGUGUUUGAGGUGCAGGAGUAGGGCGGUGCGCCCCCUUCCCUUGUCCCCCCUUCCUCUACCUGUGUGUGUCGCCCUUCUCCCCCUCCCCCUCCCGUCCCCAGCUAGCGUGCCCCCGUUCUGCGGCGAGGGCAGGGCCAGGCCGAGGGGAAUGGUGCGGGCCAGGGCCUGUGGCGUGCUUGAGGGUAGCGGCCUGCCCGGCCACGCCCAGCCCCCGGGCCACACCACUUGGGCCACACACCCCGAUGGCCGCCGCUGCAGGGCGCCAUGCAGGUGUCCUCAGGUGAGGCGGGAGACGCUGCUCACCCAACAAGACGAGGAAAAUUUUCCGCGGGGCUCGCGAGGGCAGCGGCCCUGCGCACCGGGGGGUUGCCGGGUGUCAGCGGGGCUUCACCUUGCCCCCGGUGCCCCCUUGCCGCCAGCCUCCACAGUGGGUACAUGGCAUGCAAGACUGGCGAAAUCCCGUUGCAGGGCGAGCCUCGGGGUCAGGGGCACUAAAAAAGGGUGGGUGUGGGGGUGAGGGCAGCGUCGGUGCGCACCUGGCAGGUGGCGGCCCCACCUGUUGAUCAGCGCCGCCACAGGUCCCCGCAUCGAUCCGUCAGUGGCGCCCAGCACCCCUGCGAGGUUGCACGUCGCUCCCGCGCCGCCCGCCGCCGCCGCACACCCGCCGCACCUCCCGUCCGUCCGCAGGGCUCCCCUGGCGCAGCCUGAGUGGCCGCAGGUGCCGCUGCCCCUACCGGAGGGUGGUGGCGCGCCGCCCCCCGACCCUCCCUCGUCCGGGCACGCCUCCCAGCACCGUCACUCCGUCGCCCGCUGCAGCCCGCAGCCCGCAGCCGCUCUCUGCAGCCCACUCUUGGCAGCGCCACCUGCAGCAGCCCUCACCUGCCUUCCCUCACCUGUCAUGGAGGUGGCCCGUGGCCCAGCGCAGCCCCGCGGCUGCAGGUCACAUGAGGCCGUGUAGGGACGCAGGAGGAGCGGCCGCACCAGCGAGUAACAGGUGUCAGGGCGAGGGCGGCCGGCGAGCCUCGCCUCCGCCGCGCUACAGCAGUGUGGCCGCAGUGGGUGUGUCCCGGCGGCCCCUCGCAGCGUGGUGUCCCUCAGGUGGCGUGGCGUGUCGGCCUCUGCCUCGGCGCCCUCUGGCCGUCCCUCCGUAGCUGAGUUCUCCGCAGCGCCUUGCUGACCGCCCGUGACUGCUGGCCCGCCUAGUCACCGCACCGUCAGCCUCAAGGAGAGCCGCAGCCCGUGGCCGCGACGGGAGGACUGCCGCCGCCCCCGGGUUUGUGAUACACGGCUCGGCAGGCCACUUCAGGUGCUCCCCGGCCCGCGCCCGCUCGCUGCCGUACACCCAGUUUUUGUAGUGGUUUUGUAUUGUGUCGUCUUAGAGGAGUGACUGUGUUAGUGUACCGGUGCGGACAGCUUCCCCAGGCCCCGCCGAGGCUGUGUAGAAUGCUGAGUGCUGCAUGACCCCGGCGCAGGCACUCUACAACUGCCGGACAACAAGAAUACUCAGCCAGCGUCUGCGCACCAGCAUGAACGUAUCCGACCUCUCGCACCCCUUCAGCAUUCUCAUCACGUGUGUCGUAGCUGCUCCUUGCCGGGCCGUCGUACUGGUCGCCCAGUAACUCCGUUCUGGCGCUCUUUUCGUGCCUCAGCGUCCACUACCCUUGAGCCACGCCGAGAAGCAAGACACACGCGGACACGCACAGACACAAGCGCACACCUCAAAAGACACCCCCGACGCCAGCCAACACGACAGAGGUGUUUCUCCGGGCCCUCACGCUGAAGCGAGGCGAGGUGGCGAACUCCCAGGACACCAACACCGAGGUGAUGAAGUCAGGGAAGCGGCCGACCAUGUGACAUAAGGCCUACACGCUGCUGUGGACGUCCCGGCGCCCCCACAACCCCCCCACCCCUUCCACCACCACCACCACCACAGCCACCACCAACACCACCACCACCACCGUCACCACCAUCACCACCUCCUCCUCCACCUCCUCCGCGGGCGCCUUUGGGAGACGUGCCAGUAAAGCAGCGUCAGGAGGGGGCCGCAGUGCCUCCAUCUGCAGUAGUAGUACAGCCGCAGGGACCCACGCCGCCACCACCACCGCCACGACCAUUUCCAACACGGUCAAGAUGCUGAGUCCCAAAAUGCAGCGCACCAUCAGGAUCAACGAGAACCAGGUGCUGAUGCUGGCGGAAAAGGCGAGACACGACCACAACUACUCCGGCUACCUGUACAAGCGAUCCUCAGACUCUAACAAGUGGCAGCUCAGGUGGUUCACGCUCUACCAGAACCUCCUCUUCUACUCGGAGGGGGAGGCGAGCGUGAAGCCCUCGGGAGUCAUCAUGCUGGAAGGGUGUUACUGCGAGCGCCUCAUCACCACCAACACCAACACCAAGAACAAGGACACGGACAAACAGUUCUGCUUCGCCAUCACGUACCGUCGAGAGAACCAGCGGCAGUAUGACCUGAAGGCGGAGACGGAGGGGGAGUGUAAGGCGUGGAUAGACAUGAUCCGGAUGGCCUCCUUCAACAAGCUCCUACUGCAGAAGGAGGAGCUGGAGCAGAAGCACCUCCACCUCCUGCAGAUCGUGGAGAGCGAGAAAACGGCCAAGUGGCAGUACACGCAGCAGUGCGAAGAACUCACCUCGGAGAUCAAGAAGCUACGCGCCGAGCUGUGUACACUGAAGAAGGAGUGGCGGGUGGUGCCCCCAAGGAGACUAGAGGACCUGCCGGAGGACUCGGAGGAGAUCAAGAAAAUCAAGAAGGUUCAGAGCUUCUUCCGUGGGUGGUUGUGUCGCCGGCGGUGGAAACAGAUCGUGGAGGAGUACAUCCGAUCCCCCCACGCGGAGAGUAUGAGGAAGAGGAACAGCCUGGUGUUCCGCAUGGUGGAAGCUGAGGAGGAGUACGUGGAGCAACUCAAUCUGCUCGUCUCCUGCUUCUUGAGGCCCUUCAAGAUGGCGGCGUCGAGCAAGAAGCCACCCAGCUCCCACGAGGACGUGAACAGCAUCUUCCUCAACUCGGAGACGCUGCUCUUCCUGCACCAGAUCUUCCUGAAGGGUCUCUCCGCCAGGAUGGAGAGCUGGCCCACGCUGGUGCUGGACGGGGGUCGAGAGACAAGCUCGGCGGGCUCCUCCCCGCGGCAGAAGAGGACGUGUAGCACCAUCCAGCUGCUGGGGAACACGCAUCUGGGAGACUUGUUCGACAUGCUGCUGCCAAUGCUGAGCAUCUACCAGGAAUACGUGAGGAACCACCACUACAGCCUGCAGGUGCUGGCAGAGUGUAAGCAAAACCCUCACUUCGGAGCCUUCCUCAACCGCCUCGAGAAUAAACCCAACUUGCAAGGCCGCACGCUGGAGACCUUCCUCACCUACCCCAUGCACCAGAUCCCGCGUUACAUCAUCACCCUGCACGAGCUGUUGGCACACACGCCGCACAACCAUGUCGAGAGGAAGAGCCUCGACCACGCCAGGAUGCAGCUGGAGGACCUUUCAAGGCAGAUGCAUGACGAGGUGAGCGAGACGGAGAACAUCCGGAAGAACCUGGCCAUCGAGCGCAUGAUUGUGGAGGGCUGCGACAUCCUGCUGGACGUCAACCAGAUGUUUGUGCGUCAGGGGUCGCUGAUACAAGUCCUGGGAGACAGACCUCGAUCCGCCAAGAGUCGCCUGAGCCAGUUCAAGAGCGAGAAGGAAGCGGUGCGCCAGUGUUUCUUGUUCAGCAACCACCUCAUCGUGGCCACCAGAACCUCGGGCGGAAAGCUCCACCUGGUGCCGGGCGUCGGCAAGGUGCCCCUCAACGACGCCACGCUGAUCGAGGACCCCAACGAGCUAGGCAACCAAGACGACGAUGGAGAGUCUUCGGUGUCGUCGUUCUCGUCCCAGAGCAGCGGGGUCAGCGACAGCUCGGCCGCCACCAGCAGCAGCUCGAGUCAUGCCAAGUUCCAGGUGGAGCAAGCCAACCUGGACUUCAAAAUCGUGGUGGAGCAGAAGUGUGGCACGCCCAUCACCCUCCACCUGGUCGCGCCCACCAUGCAGGAGAAGCAGGCGUGGAUCAGCGACAUCAGCCAGUGCCUGGAUAACGUGCACUUCAACAACCUGUUCAGAUCCUCCAUGUCCGACACUUCAUCCAUCACGAUGCCUCACUUCAUCAAGAACGACCCCAAGCUCUUCAGGGACGACGUAGACAUCCGCUUCUCCCGCACCCUCAACUCCUGCAAGGUUCCUCAUAUCCGCUACGCCACUCCAGAGAGGCUACUGGAACGCCUGACAGACCUGCGCUUCCUCUCCAUAGACUUCCUCAACACCUUCCUGCUCACAUAUCGGGUCUUCACGGACGGCAUAUCGGUCCUCGAGGCUCUCAAGAAAGUGUAUUACAGCCCCGACGUGCAUGACCAAAUGGCUGACUCCAGGGACUCGUCUGUGGAGAGGUCUCCGGAGUACGUCUCGCCACCCCCAGACCUGGACAGCGGCCGCAACUCUCCUCGUCGCGUCUCCAACUUCAGCGCCUUCUCCGGCUUCGAGGUGGACACCCCCAGGGACCGCUGCUGGACCUUCGACGCGCAGGUGGCGAAGGCGUCCGGGAACCAGCACUGGCGGUGGUCCUACAGACGAUUCGAGGAGGAGCAACGGGAGCUGGAGGAGCGUCGUAUGCGUGAGGAGGCCAUGGCCAACGAGUCCGUCGGCCUGAACACUGACAACAACCUGCCCGUGAGUGCUCCCAACUCCCCCUUCAGUCCCAAGAAGGUCACCAUCAGGACGGAGGACGACGCCAAGUUCCUCACCAUCCCCAAGGGCCGCCGCAACGUGGGCUCCACGUCCUCCGCGGACACGCUCAUCGGCGAAGAAGUGAGCCUGAGUCAGCCGGACAGUCCUACCGAUGCCUCCACGAGCACGCUGACGGGCGAAUCGGGGCUGCCAGGGUUCUCUGAGUGGAGGCUUCCGGGGGAGGGGGAGCGACCAAGCCGAAGUCGCCGUUCAUCUCGCAUCCUGGACGCCAUCACCUCCCCGCCGCGACCUGGGAACAAGCCGCGCCGGUCCAUCCCCCGAAGAAUGUCAUCUCUGGAGGAGCGUCCGCAGAUGGAGGCAGUGACGUCAGGAUCAGAAGCUGAGGACGAGCAGGAACCCGUCAGCCUUGGCCCGCGACGCCCCUCCUCCAACCGGUCCUGCAGCAGCGCCCUUACUGCCUCCUCGGGAUUCCUGGGCGUGGGGUCGCGCGGCAAGGGCGGGAAGAGGCUGAGUUGCGAGAGUGACGCCGCCCUGUGCCUCGGCCUCACGUCACCCCGCUCCAGUGUCCACACCGCCACCCCGCGAUCCUCCUUCCAGGUACCCGACUCUCCCUCCCACUCCGUCCCGCGGGUGGGCGUGGUGAUCACCUCCUCCAGGCAGUCCCAGCGCAGGAGCAGCAGCGCCUCCGCCGCCGCCGCCUUCGCCGUGGCCACCGCCGGCUCCAGCAACCCGCGGGACAUCCAGAAGACGCCGCCGCUGGGCCGCUUCUCGGUGGGCGGAGAGGGGCGGAGGUCCUCCUUCAGGGAGCGGCCGCGCCAGGAGUCCAUCAUCUCCACGGCGGCCACCAUGCGGGUCCUCAACGUGCUACGCCACUGGGUGUCCAAGCACUCACAGGACUUUGACACUGACCUACGGCUGAGGAACAUGACCAUCACCUUCCUGGAGGACCUGGUGUGCUGCCCCACGCUGCUGCCCGCCGAGCACAAGGCCGCCUCACAGCUCCUGCGGCUCCUGACCAAAGAGGAGCCCCCGAACCCACAGGAGGAGCUGGCCAACCUUCUGGCUCCGCCCUCGACCCCAACCAAGGAGAACAUUGAAACUCUGUCAGCCCUGGAGGUGGCCGAGCAGAUGACUUACCUAGACCACCAGAUCUUUGUGGCCAUCAGGAGCGAGGAGUUCCUCAAGACAGCCUGGAUGAAGGAGGACAAGCAGCUGAAAGCCCCGGACAUCCUACUCAUCACACGGCGCUUCAAUGAGGUGUCUCGCCUGGUUGCCUCUGAGGUCAUCCGGGGAGGUAAUCUUGCCACUCGUGUUGCUGUCAUAGAGAAGUGGGUAGCAGUGGCUGACAUUUGCCGCUGCCUCCACAACUACAAUGGUGUGCUGCAGGUGUGUGCCGCCUUCCAGAACUCAUCAGUGUUUCGUCUUAAGAAGACCUGGGAGAAGGUGUCCAAAACGACAAGGCAGACCCUGGAGAAGCUGCAGGGGCUGGUGUCUUCAGAUGGAAGGUUCCGCAGCCUUCGUGAUGCCCUGCACCGUUGUGACCCUCCCUGCAUCCCAUACUUGGGCAUGUACCUCACUGACCUCUCCUUCAUCGAGGAGGGCACACCAAACUUCACUGAAGAUGGCCUCCUCAACUUCUCCAAGAUGAGGAUGAUUGCCCACGUCAUCCGUGAGAUCCGUCACUUCCAGCAGACUCCUUACAAGAUUGAGUUCAACUCACGCGUUGCCUCCUACCUGCUGGACCCAUCGCUGCUGCUGAGUGACGACAACUUGUACCGCCUCUCGCUGGACCUGGAGCCCCGCCGCUCCACCCUGACCCAUGUGACGGUGCCCCUCCUCGCCAACGUCACCUCAUCUGCGUCCUCCUCCAGCUCAUCCUCCUGACAGCGGCGCCGCACGGUAGGAGAGAUCUGGGUGAGCAUCUGAGGACCGCCCCCCUGCAGCCGAACAGGGGGGCCAUAGCAGAUCUCGAGCCACAUCCUCACCCUGGCUCGGGGCGUCAGAAUGGACACAAGGACAUCGACACUACCGGGUGGGGAAUAUCAGUCGUCAGAGUAUUAGUCCUGACAGCACCACAGUAACUUUUCUACUGCAGCACUCUUGAGACACCUUAUCCUAGUAUACUUGUGUAAUUUAGGUUCUCUGUAUCAACUUGAUUCUUCUUCAUGUUCUGUUCUCAUUCCCUAGAUUCCAUGAGAGGGAGGUUAACAGUGUCUUAUUGAUUUCUCUUUAGUGUGAGGCAAGCGACGUAGAGACUUUUGUACAAUUAUUCCUGUUCUGAAUCAAGACAUCUUUUCCUGCGUGGUUAAGUAUUAUCCAGUAUUUUUAGUACAGGUGUAUGAAAGAUGUCAGUUUAUGGCUUGUAUCUCUGUAGCUGUGACUAUGUUGAUUAUUAAACAUAACAUGAAAUGAGAGAUAGCAGACCUCUAGUGUCCCUUUUACUGAGGUCACACAUACUUGAUCACUUUUCUAGGUAACAGUUGCACAAACUGGACCAAAGACUCAGAGUAGAAGACUCACACUACAUAAUAAUGAGGAUAAUGAGAAUCUCUAUUGAGCUCCUACAUUCACUGUCAAGUGACAAAGGCAUCACUGACAGUGUUUUGCAUUGAACAUAAUGUUGUUGACUUCGCAGGUGGAGUCCAGACCAAGUAUCAGGUUUCUUGAUCACUGAGUAUUGAUGCUUCACCAGAGAUUUGUGUAACAUGAUGUAACUGUUGGAAAAUUUUGACUUUGUGACAUAUGAAAAUCAUCAUGUUCGUAAAACCUUUAAUGAUGGGGUUGAGGGCCUUUUAUCAGAGUUAAGACCAUGAUUCUUCUCACAGUUCCCUCUCAGUACACUCUAAUUCAUUGUAUGGAUCUACUGUAGUAAUCCCUUCUGAGUACUUGAAGUAAUGAAAGCUACAGAAACUAUAUUCAGACUUGAAUAAGUAUCUGCAUGUUCCAAAAGUAUCAAAUUUCAUGUUCCUAAAAACUAAGCUUUGAUAGUUCUGGUGUGUUGCUGUGCUUAACAUGGAUAAGCCUUUUAGUAACCAAAGCAAAGAGAUGGAGUAGUCACGUGGGGGGCAGCGCUGGGAAUGAAAGGACCAGAAAUUGUGUUAAACUUGACACUCAUUGAUGUUUCCUGCUGAAGACGGCUCAUAGUUGAAGCAUUAAGAAUAAAAUAUUGAGAGCUAGGUGCAUUCCUCCUGGCUGCUGCUCUGCCACAUAUCACUGGAUGAAUGACCUAGUUUGUAAUGCUGACUAAAAAUCUGCUGUGUUAUUUUGUCAUUACUGUUAGUAUUAUCAUCAUUAUUCCUGUGGUCAGUGUUUGCUGCAUUUCCAUGAGCUAAGCACUCCUAUGUUUACUCUUGAAAUGGCUAAUAUUGACUUAGUGAACCCAUUGACCCAUACCAGGAUUGUCUGAGGCUUGCCAUGGGAGUUAUUGUGAUUGUAGGAGUCUUGAGGCAAACUCCAGUAGCCAGGGAUGAUGACCAUGCAGUGAGUACAACACUUUAGCCGGUGCCAGCUAGACUACCUCUGCGUUAGCCAGACACUAUAAGCUCUAGUCAUUUGCCAGGUAUACUGUAUUGGCAUUCUCAAGUCAUGCCAUGCAGCACUGUUUUCAAUGGCUCUCUGUUUGAUUAAGCAGCCAUUGUACCAGUCACAUUCAGUAUUAUUGAUAUGCUCUAUUGACUUUUUUCAGUAUAGUAGUGAUGACCUUUUCAGGGUGCAUGAGGAGCUGUCGGGUUUGCAUGGUGUGCUGGAUGCUCUCUAGUCAUCUGUAUUGUAGUGUAGCAACAACUCUUGUUAUAAUUUUGUACCACCUGUAAAUUUAUCUCUUGGUUGUGUAAAAUCAGAAUACGUAAGCUUGGUAUAAAGAUAAUUUAGGCCUUUCCUAUUUGGUCUACAGAAAAUUGAAAACUAAAAGGAUUUUUUUCAUAAUGAUUACAGCUUUCAUUCCAAAGUUCAGAUAUUUUCCUAAACUGCAAUGUCUAGUCAGAGUGAAUGAUGUGUUGGGCAUUGGCUGGAAUAAUCAAAAUAUCCUGACCCUUGUUGCUCACUGUAGCCCUUGCCUUGUGAAUGUGCCUCCACCCCCGACUGUUGGCCCUUCCUGCCACUCUCCAGUAGAGCACUCACUCACUCUCCCACUGCUGUCUCAAGGAACUCCUGUGUGCUUGAUCCCAAUGCAGUGAGGUGUUGAGGGUGAAUGGGUACAGAUAUCUCGUGAGAGAGAGAGAGAGAGAGAACAUGCAUUUAUCCAUUACCAUCAUUUAAAUUAUGUGUCCAGCAUACAUGUUAUGUGUUAUCUUUUUAUCAUGAUUAGUUUUCAUAUGUAUCCUACUUUGUCCCACAUCUCUGCACUUUUUUUGUUCCCAGUUUUACUAUAGUGUUUUUGUUGUAGUUCGUGUUUUAAGAAUUUUUCCAAUUUCUACACAGAACUGUAUUUUCUGCAAUCAGUUUAUUUUCUUACCUGAGAAAUAUUAUUUAAUUCAUAUGUAACCUCUCAAAAUUUGUAAACAUGAUGUUAUGUGUGUGUGUGUGUGUGUGUGUGUGUGUGUUUGCACUUGGGUAAAUGAAUGAAUUUGAGAAGUUGUACAUAUUCAUAUUUCUAUAACUCACCAUACUGUCUGCUCCAGGUAAUACUGUCUUUCUCAGCAAUAGGUAUUUUCUACCGUAAACGUAGUAGUGCUGUGUGUGUUUACGUAUGUCUUUGCUGUGUGUGUUGAAGGUGGAGGGCUCUAAGCCAUUUUCUACAUACUGUGUGGCAAUCUAUUCCUACCUCCAUUCCUUCUAAUAUUACAAUAGCCUGUUUGGGGUGCCUCUGUUCACCCCUCAAGGGCUCUCAUGCUGGGAAUGAUUUGCUCCCAGAACACUCGUGCUAAGCCUUAUCACCUUGUUUUGUGAUUCUCAUUGGUUUGUCUUCUCUGCAACAUUUGUGAAGAAACCAGCCAUGGCCUAUUGCGCUGAGAAGAUAGCCUAGUCCGUUACCUGUCAGGAGAGAUGCUUCCCUAUGAUGCCACUGAAAGGUGUUUGCUCCUGUUGUUUUUGACAAUAAGAAAACACUAAAAUAAUCAUUUUUUUAUCAAGGUACUAAAUAAUAGGCUGUCUCUCCUAGUAGCUAUUUCCCUGUCUACUGACCGUUAUAAGGAGCAAAUGCUGUCUUGCCUAAAAUUAUAUUACAUUUCCCUCCAUAUUCUCUCAUGCUCUACCCAACGUGUGUAUAACUUAACCUGUCUUUCACAUAUCAUCUUUCUUCCAUAAAACUUCUACAGGAAUGGAGUACAAUGUUGUGUAUUGGUGUAAAGGUUUAUUUACUCAUGCUUGAUAUUCUUCCUGGGAACUCGUGACUGUGUAUAUCUUUAAGAGUAUUUCCUGUUAUCAGAGGAAAUUUUACAACAGCAACUUAGAAUUGUAAGGGGUGAUAAUGUUAACUCUAUAAUGGCAUAUGUGAUUUUACAAAUAUUUGCUUAAAAAUUAUUGUAAGCCUUUGAUCAUAUGGAGAAGGAGUAAUCUGCAAGUGAGACGUCAACUGACCAACCCUGGAAUUUGGGUGAUAAUUGCAUGGCUCUCAAUUCAUUCAAAAGAUUUUUACUCGCCAUUACCAGUUUUCUUCAGAUUUUUAAGGUUUCCAUUCACUAGAACACCACCUGCCGAGCCUCACAUUGAUGAUCUCACUCACAGAUCUUCGCGUGGACCCAAGCAUGAGAUGGCUGGGUCUGAGUCUCCACUUAAUACGUACACAGUGUUUGGAGUAUGUCACAUGACUCAUAGGUUUUUACCAUUACCUUUAUCACCUUCAAUAGCACUCAUUAGUUUAUUUGGCACAUCAUCUACUCUAAACUCAACAUGACCUGUGUCAGUGUGUUGAAUGUGCCUGAGACACUAAUGAAGGUUUGUUGAAUAAGUUUUACAUAUUGCCUAUCGGUCCACAAAACCAAAGGCUGCACAAAUGUGAAGAGCACAAUACAUUAUAUCUCUCAGAUUACACUUAUAGGUGCAUUUUUUCCAGAUAUUCAAUGCAAUAGCCGUGUGUGAAUUGAUAAUAAUAAUAAUAAUAAUAAUAAUAAUAAUAAUAAUAAUAAUAAUACAUAAUACAAUAAUAAUAAUUAUAAUAAUAAUAAUAACUACAUUUAGAUUCAUGCUGCAUCCUUAAUAUUUCUACAUCUUGGAGUUUCAAGUCCAGUUUGCCCACAUCUGUGUAAAGACAAAGAGAUAUAGGCUAGUUUUAAGUCAUUUUGAUGUUACUUUCCUAUCCAUGUCCGUCCCAGAUAGUACCAUGCAAAGUUUGACUAGGAAAUAUGUAUUGCAGUGAAUGUGUGUUGAGCUAUAAGUCUACAGCCAGUACCUGUAGAUCUUGUACCAUUAUACCACUAUGUUAAUGGUAACUCCAAGCUGUGUCAUGUUUUUAGCAAGUCACUCGUCACAACCUCACCUGUGGAAUAUCUUCCUAAAGGUUUAUGCCCCCAGCUUUUCUCAACUGAGGUAGGAAAAUUGAUAAAAAAAUAAGUAUCAUGAUAUUCUCAGAGGUGCUUCAGGAGUAAAUUUAAGAGCUAUACCAUUGUGGAAAUGGGUAGUAAAAACAAAAUUAUACCACUUCAAUUUUAUGAUUAGAACAUUCAACUCAUGUAUGAUAAUGUGUAAAUAUAUAAGAAAAUUUAUUUACAGAGACCAGGAACACAUUUUGAUCAGUGUAAGAAUUUCUCAGGUGAAUGGGAAGGAAACUGUGAAAAGGUAUCUGCUGUAUAUUGGAAUGACACACAGUGCAUAUUAGAUGAAUAUGUACUAUGAUCAUCAGUUAAGUUACAUUGUGAAUUAUUAUGAAAACUAAAGUGACACACCAUAACUCAGAGGUGUGGGUAACAAUUGUUAAUAUCACAUGAAUGGUAGAGCGAGACCUAACUGUGUAACAAUAGUGUCAGAUGGCCCUAAGAGUCCAUGUCUGUCAGUUCCAUGCUGCAAUAAGUGAGUUUGCAUCAGCGUUGAGCCGAGGACUGGCUGGCUGCGAUGUGGGAGGACCUUGCCCAAGGAGGACUGAUGCUUCCUCUAUUCUCUUCUCAGUCUUUCGAUGUUAUGAAUUAAUGAAGUUUAUCAUUGUUGUCAUAGACUUUUGCAAUCCUGCAGUGGUCUUGCUCAGUGGUUCAUGCUUGGCUCCAACAUUUAACCUGAAUAUUAAUGUUGACUUGUGUACGUGUGUUGAGGGCUGUGUGAUGUGUGCACACCAUUGCAUGUGGUGGGGCACAUACUCCUGGCUCACCUCAAGCACAAUUAGUUACCUAAAAGGAAUAUACAUCUACAUUGUUGCAUUGGUUUUUUGGUGACUGACAUGAACCAGUGUUGAAGCGGCGGUUCGGCUGCCGUGACGGUGUGGUCAGCAUGGUGAGCAGGGGACUCACAGGCAGGUUGUAGCGUAUGCUGGAUGCAGUACAUGUCUGCUACAUUCUCUUAUCUCAAGAUUGUACAAUAUCCUUGUUAUUGUGUGUUAUCUGUUCUAGAUAUUUCUUAUUUUGAAACUCUUUGCAAUAAAUAUUCUAUCUUUCUGA